AUAAGGAAGAUAUAUGAUAUGAUAGGGGAGAUUUAUAAAAUACCUGAAAGAGCUGCAUUUGCAUGGUAAAUCUGUGACUGAAAGUGACUGCAUUAUCGACAUAAACUGCUAAAUUAAAAGUCUAACAACAGGGUGUGGUAACAUGAAAAUCAGUAUUCUGCAAGGAAAUGCCGGAUUGACAUUUAAUUGUAGCAUCUACCUGUUAAUUGUGUCGAUUUACGAAAACGGAUGCAUAAAGGUAUGUUAACAGUUGUGAUGUAUGGUGAUCUUACACUUUGGCCCCCCUACGUAAUAGUCCCUUUCAGUUCGCGUCACUAGCGCGAGAAGCCACUGCCCCCCAAGGGACUUGAAGCACACAUUACAUAGUGUUGUUGCGAUCAGCAGUCCAGGGGAAUACUUCGUGUUUUCUUAACAUAACUCUGUUGUGGGCAGCUCAGCAUGCCUGUAAAGUCAUUAGUGACAGUGCGAUAUGGACCAUAUGACUCGUGUGGUAUUGUGGAUCACAGGACAUUCCGACUGGAGGGCCUCCAAGCUGCACUACAGGAAAACGGGCAUCGAUGUGUCCUUGAGAAAACGCUGGACUGGAACAAAGUGGAGCUUGUUGUCAAUGGAGAGUGCGUUUAUGUGUGCAACGUAAAAGACCUAGAAUUUGGUGGUGAUGGACAACUUGAUCACCUGUGCGAGGAGGCUGUAACAAACGUCAGGAACGCAAAUUAAACCCGUGACAGUGAAGGGAUGUUUGGAUCUCGUUGUACUGCAAUGAAAACAAGAAAUGCUGCACGUAUUCAGCUUGUACCUCUAAACAUGACUUUAUUUGCUACAAAUCUAACACAAUGUUCAUUUUGUCAUACACGAUGCUGCAAUAUAUUCUAAUGUCAGCAGACUGAAGAGUCAGACUCACUGUGCUUUUCCUUCAUCAUCAUUUAAAGAUCUACAAAUUAAGGUCCUACAAAAGACAGAAUUAAUUCUAAUAGAUAGGUGAAAUUCAACAGGACACUUUAUACAUUUAUAAAUCAUGCUACUCCAUGACAUUAAGCUAAACUAUAUUGCUUUAUGAUGACACUACAGUACAGUACAGUACAUACUCCAGACAUUUUAAAGCAUUGCUGGCUCAGUUGAAUCCCUUUUAGUCUUGGAGAGAUAGAUAGAUAGACCAUUGAGCAAACAUCAGAUACAGACUAAUCUUACCCAUUCAUUUAAGUAGAACAACAUGAUGCAUCUAGAAGAUGUGGCGUAUUUACCAAUACUGCAUGUGCAAAACAUUUUUCCAGCAAUUUCAUAUCAU